CUUCCUCUCCCCUGGAAGGCGGCGGCGGUCGCUCGCAGGAUGGCGGCGGCGGCGGCGGCGUUCAAGAAGGCGGCCAAGGCCGGGCAGCGCGCGCAUCGGGAGCGCGCCCAGCCGGGCUCCCGGAAGCGCCUCGGCCUCCUCGAGAAAAAGAAGGACUACAAGCUCCGAGCCAAUGACUACCACAAGAAGCAGAAGGCGCUCCAGGCGCUUCGCCGGAAGGCUCAGGAGAAGAACCCGGAUGAGUUCUAUUUCAGGAUGACCCGGGUGCAGCUGCAGGAUGGCGUGCAUGUCAUUAAGCAGCCAGAAGAGGAAACCACCUUGGAGCAGCAGAAGCUGAUGAGGACCCAGGAUCUGAAAUACAUUGAAAUGAAGCGUGUGGCUGAAGCCAAGAAAAUUGAAAGGCUGAAGUCAGAGCUCCACCUGCUGGAAGCAGAAGGAAAACAAGCAAACAAGCACACCUUCUUUUUCGACACCAAAGAGGAAGUGCGCACAUUUGACCUCGCCACCCAGUUGAAUACAGCGCCAGAACUGGUCAGCCGGGUGUACAAUCGCCCAACCCUUGAAACUCUCAGGAAAGAAGCCCUUCAGGGGACCACCACCCGGGCUCACUUGCAGAAACUGGCCCGGCAGAGGAAGGCACAGUACAACCUGCUGAAACAGCGCAUUGAGCGGGAGCGGAAGAUGUUUGUCAUUGCCCAGAAGCUUCAGACCCGGAAGGAUCUCUUGGACAAGGCUCAGAAGGUGAAGGUGAAAAAGGAAACAGUAAACCAGCCAGCAGUUUACAAAUUCCAGUUCAAGCGCAAACGUUGAUUGUUCGAUGACUCUGGGGCUUGGGGUUGGCACAGGAGGUGCCAUACCUGUGUGCCUGAUGAAGAAGGCGCUAUGGCUGCGCUGCUGGGCAACGUGGCCAUUGAUUUUCCCUGCUUCUUUUUUGGAAUAAACCUCAGACAGUGUUUUUCAAACCUA